UGCGGUGCCCAGUGCCGGACACUGAUCAGACCUUGCUGUAGCAUAUCCUAAUGUAUUCACGCACCCCUAAUGUAUUCACGCACCUUGAAUGCAGAGCAUCACUCUUUCGUGUAGUCGGAGUCUCGCAAGCCUGUCGGAGGUGCACGGCGCGAGGGGUGGGUGGGGAGGGGGCGCCGAGGGCGCGGGAAGGGGAGAAGGGGAGAAGGGGAGAAGGGGAGAAGGCGGGGGGAGAAGGCGAGCGAGAGCGUGCGCGAAGGGGGGGCGAUGGGAGAAGGGGCGCGGCGAGGGGGAGAGGGGGAGAGGGGGGGAAGAAGGAGAGGAGGGGCGAGGCGAGGCGAGAGGGCCUCGUACAUUGUAGAUAGCACCCGUUGUGUAUUGUAGAUAGCACCCUUUGUAUUAUGUACUAGAAUACAUCUCUUUGCUUCACUCUACGUGUGAGCUGCGCGCGACGAGAAAGGGGAUGGGGGGUGCGUAGACGGAGGUAGGGGAGGUGGGGGAGGCCGGGCGAAGGAGUAAAGCCGCG